UGAGCUCAUGAUCGCACAGUCGGCAGUUCGCAAGACAUGUUUUCCUGUGCUUCAGGUGCACAGAUCAAUUUCGUCGCAAAAGUAAUUACAUUUUCCCCUAGUCUGCCGUUUCUCCACUGUUAAUGCAAUGAGCACACAACUUUCCAAUGCAAACGACGAAGAAGGUGGUGAAGCGUCCAAAAGCACCAUCAUAGGGCCGCUCAACUUUACCAAGGACUCGUCAACCGAUCCCCCAACGUCGCUGGUCGAUGAGCGGACGGUACCGUGCAUGUUCUGCAGCAACACUUACGAUUUCCACACUCCCGACAACGGUUCCGACCAAUGUCUGGCCCAUCUGUACCUGGUCCACCGGCUGGUGGUGGCCGAUGUGAAGGAAAUUGCCUGCCUGCCCAGCUACUGCUACUACUGGAAGGAAAAGUUCGCCCACGAACCGGUGGAGAAAUAUUGCUCCUCCAUGCUGCUGAACCAGCUGCCCGACGGUACGAGCUCACCGAACGAGAAGUAUUUCCUGCUGAGCGACGUUGAACCGUUGGACUACGAGCUGCGGCAACGGCUGCGAAGGGAGAAGCUGGAGCUCGUCCUCGCCCGCCAUCAGUUCGAACGGACGGAUCGGAAUUUUAACCGCGGCUGCCUGUACUGCCGUGACUAUCGGGCGGAAACGCGCCCCGAGUUUGUGAGCCAUCUCUACACGAAGCACUUUCUCCUGCUGGGCAAGCCGGAACAUCUGGUGUUUGUGGACGAGCUGAUCGAAAUCGUGCAGGACAAGCUGAACCGGUUGAUCUGUUUGUUCUGCGAAAAGCUGUUCAAAGAUCGGCCCACGCUCAAGGAACACAUGCGCAAGAAGGGCCACAAGCGCAUCAACCCGGACAACCACUACUACGAUCGGUUCUUUCUCGUCAACUAUCGGCUCAAGCAGAAGCCCGAGUACGUGCCCAUCGCGAAGCGGAAAGAGGAAAGCCGCGUCUUUGCGUCCGACUCCGACUCCGACUCCGAUUGGUCCGACUGGAACGGGGAGGAGCAAACGACCACGUGUCUGUUCUGUACGCACGCCGAAGCAAAUGUGGACACGCUGAAGCGCCAUAUGGUGGCGAAGCAUACGUUUGAUUUCGAUCAAACCGUGGCGGACAUGAGCUUCUAUCAGCGCGUAAAGGUGGUGAACUUUAUUCGCCGUCAGAUGCACAUACGCAAGUGUAUUGCGUGUGGCGAGCAGUGCCCCGAUUACGAGAGUCUUUGCAAGCAUCUGGCAGAGUUGAACCACUUCCGGCUGGACAAGGAAGCGGGUGCGUGGGAUCAGCCGGAGUACUUCUUUCCCACGUACGAGGACGACCAGUUCCUGUGCCAUCUCGAUGAGGUGGACAACGAGCGGGACGAGCUGUCGCAGGAGGAAGGAUCGAUCGUUAUAUCGGAGAGCGUUACGGCGAGCAUCAAUCUCGAUGCCGAAUCAUUAUCGUUGGAAAACUUUAAACUGUAGCACGCGACGGUACUAGUUUAGAGGAUGUGUU